AGUUGUUGAGUUGUCAUCAGGAAAUAUUGGUUACUUCCCUUUAUACCUAGCAACAGACAAGCAAGAUGGCUAGCCAAGACGAAGAGAAGCCCAAAAGUAAAAGGAUAUUUAUUAACCAUGUAGAUCAGUAUCAAGGAAAAAACCUUGCAAAGUUUAUCUCUCGAUGUGUGGUUGGGGCCUCAUUGGAAGAGCCAGAAGAAGAGGAUGAUGCUCGGUCCACCACCAGCUCCAUCAUUGCUUCCCCUAAAGAGGGCUGCUAUGAAGUGGUGGGAACAGUCAAGGACAGGGAUGCCCCAAAACCAGACUUUAUGAAGGAAGUCAUCAAAUUUGACAACAAGGAUCAGCUGUAUGAACAUUUGGUGGAGUGUGACAUCAUUGUAUAUGACAUCACUGAGGAUCCUGACCAAAUUGAUGAGGCUGUGUGGGCUGUAUCAGAAAUUCACUCUGACUUGGAGAAGAUAGAGAAACCUAAAAUGUUUAUUUUAAUUUCAACUGUCAUGACCUGGGCCAAAAGCAAGCCUCUUGACCCUGAUGAUCCAGAAAUUCCCUUCACUGAGGAUGAUUACAGGAGGAGGAAACCACAUCCUAAUUUUAAAGAACACAUCAGCGCUGAGAAGACAGUGAUCAAGCUUGGGAAAACAAAUAAGGCCAAACUGGUGACCUAUGUAGUUGCCUCUGGUCUCACCUAUGGAGCAGAAGAACACAUCUUUCACUAUCUCUUCAAAUCUGCCUGGCACAAUGCUCCAUUCCUCCAAUGCUUUGGCAGUGGUCAGAAUGUUGUACCAACCAUCCACAUCAAAGACCUGGCAGCUGUCAUACAGAACAUUGCUGACAGUAGACCGAAAGUGCGUUACCUGAUUGCCAAGGAUGACACGCAAACCACACUGGAGGAAAUUGUCAAGGCUAUCAGUGAUAAGCUAGGAAAAGGGAAAGUUAAGAAUAUCACCAAGGAAGAGGCACUUCUAAGCAAAGAUAUAGAGCAGUCAGAUUUUGAUCAGCUCCUGGUCAAUCUGAGGAUGGAUGCUGUGUUUGUUAAGGAGAACAUGAGAAUCAUGUGGGUGUCGGAGGCAGGAAUGGUGGAAAAUAUCGAUCAAAUCAUCAAGGAGUACAAAGACUCAAGGAAACUCCAGCCUUUAAGAAUUUGCAUUCUGGGACCUCCUGCAUCUGGUAAAACAACAGUCUGUCAGAAACUGUGUGAAUUCUACAAACUACACCACAUCAAGAUCAAAGAUGUCAUUGAGGAGGCUAUUGAGGAACUGCAAACUCUGUCCAGGCGAGCUGAUUCUGAGGACCAGGAGGAUGAUGAUGGGAAGGCACAGGACGCCCAGGAGCUCCUGAAUGAGAUAGAGCAGUCCAAGAACCAGGAAACUGGCAAAAUAGAGGACCCCCACGUCAUCAAGUUCUUCAGGGACAAACUGCACUCCAAACCAUGCCAGAACCAGGGAUUCAUUCUGGACGGGUUCCCCAAGACCAUAGAGCAAGCCAAUGAACUGUUUGCCACUGAAGAAGAAGAUGAUGCAGAAGAAUCAGCCACUACCAAAUUCGAUAAACUGAUAAUGCCGGACUACGUUUUCUGUUUGGAGGCUAACGAUGAAUUCCUCCGUAAUCGUGUGAUGAACCUCCCAGAAAGUGUGGUGCACGGUACUCACAAUGACGAGGAAGGACUGAUGAAGAGACUGGAGCUUUACCGCAGCCUCAACAAUGAUGAGGAGACAGUCCUCAACUACUUUGAUGAGAAGGAAUUUCAUCCAGAAAAACUUGAUGUUACAAAGGAUGAUUCUCCCAUGAUGAGGGAUACUGUGGAAAAGAUCAAGAAAACCAUUGGGGAGCCCAGGAAUUACGGUCCUACACCCGAGGAACUUGAGGAGAUGAAAAGGCAAGAAGAGGAGGCUCGUUUAAAGAAGGAAAUGGAGGAGAAACAAGAGAAGGAGAGACAGGAGGCUGAGGAGGCUUCCCUCCGCAAACAGAGGCAGGAGGAGUGGACCCAGCGUUUGAAUGAAGUGAAGAGGGAGGAGUUUGAGCUUCUGGAGGCUCAGUCCAUCCCACUGAGGAACUACCUGAUGAAGCAUGUGAUGCCAACUCUCACCCAGGGCCUUAUUGACUGCUGCAAAACUCGACCCGAGGACCCCAUCGAUUACAUCGCCGAGUUCCUUUUUCAGAACAACCCACAAGUGGAUUGAGCACCAAGUUUAUCCAAGUUAGGAAGGACAAUAUUUCUGUGAUAUGUCAGAAUAGGGGAGUUCUGCAAUGGGACUUGUGUUUACUGUUAAAUUAUGUCUCUGUGUUUUAUUGAAAUUGUACAUAUCAUAAUAAAUAAUCCAUGUAAAACAAAGAA